GGCAGCUUGUGGUCAGAGGUUUAACUCUCUCUCUCCGUCUCACACACUCUCAGUCGUUCUCCUGCUCUCGUCUGCUCGGACAGCUGGAGAAGGUUGGCUUCUGAACUCAUCCGCAGGGAUCCGAGAUGCUCUUCCAGCUGCUGCUCCUCAGUGUCUUCGCCCCGCUCUGGCUCGCCGCUCCGGGAGUCCAGGUGCGUCUGGUGGGCGGCAGGAGCAAGUUCGAGGGUCGCGUGGAGGUGUUUUAUAACGGCGAGUGGGGAACCGUGUGUGACGACGAGGUCAACAUCAAUCUGGCCAAUGUCGUGUGUCGAGAACUGGGCUUUUCUCGCGGACUCACCUGGGCUCACAGCGCAAAGUUCGGCGAGGGUCGCGGUCCGAUCUGGCUGGAUAACGUCUCGUGUUCGGGCAGCGAGAGCUCACUGUCGGACUGUCGGUCUAACGGUUGGGGUGUGAGCGACUGCACUCACGCGGAAGAUCUGGGCAUCAUUUGCAGUUCGGACCGUCCCAACCAGGGACACAUCCCACGUUACCAAGAAUCAAGUCCAGCUUCUCCACCUCAGCCCUCCAGGCUGGUCUCGAAUGCUCCCGCCAGAUCACCCGCCAGUUCUCCCCACCAGCGUGGCCACGAGAUCGGGCUCCAACGCAUCAGCCAGGGCCCGUCCUCUCCUCAGAUCCACGGACACCAGAUUCAGCUGCGCAGGAACGGGCUCGAGAGCACAGCUAACGGCCUGCCACGCGGACACCAGCUGCCGGACUUCCUGCGCAGCCGGGCCUCGUUCAGACGCACACAGGAAGUGACACGCGGUCAGAACACCAGACUUCCUGAGAGACCAGAGCCGGUUCACAGUCCUGAGCCUCAGCACAGUAACAGGAUGGAUCUGGACUUCACCAACACGGACGAGCAGUUCACUGCAUCGGUCCGGCUGGAGGAAGUGCGUCUCCGGCCCGUACGCGCCGCCACACGAAACUCUGCCAUGGUAACAGAGGGCGUGGUGGAGGUGAAGCAUGCUGGGAAAUGGAGGCAGGUGUGUGAGUGGGGCUGGGACCAGAGCUGCAGUCGUGUGGCGUGUGGCAUGCUGGGAUUCCCUUCAGCAGGACAGCAUGACACACGCGUGUAUCGGAAACUGUGGGAAUCCAAGCUGGAGGAUCCGGCCACAAGGGCUGCGGUCAGCAAGAAGGGCUUCUGGGUGGACCGGGUCCAGUGUUCGGGGACCGAGGCUUCUCUGGCUCAGUGUCGGGCUCAGCUCUCGGACGCGCGGCUCGAGUCCUGCUCCGGCGGGAUGCAUGCGGUGGUGUUCUGCCUUCCCGGCGCUCGGUUCUCCCGGAUCUCCUCCGGACGCCCGCAGGCUCCGCCCCCUCAGAACGUGGAGGUGCGUCUGAAAGCGGGUCCACGGCUGGGCGAGGGUCGGGUCGAGGUUCUCCGCGAUGGGAAGUGGGGGACCGUGUGUGAUCAUCUGUGGGACCUGCCAGCUGCCAGUGUGGUGUGCCGAGAACUGGGCUUCGGCUCGGCCCGAGAGGCCCUGAGAGGAGCAAGCAUGGGGCAAGGUACGGGUCUGAUCCACAUGAACGCAGUGCAGUGUUCGGGCCGCGAGAGCUCCAUCACGAAGUGCCGCUUCCAGGAGGUUCCUUUGCGCUCCUGCAAACACACUCAGGACGCGAGUGUGCGCUGCAACGUCCCCGACACCGGCCUGAGCGCCACGGUGCGUCUGGCGGGCGGGCGGCAGGUGAUGGAGGGCCGAGUGGAGGUGCUGAUGGAGGUCGACGGGCAGCAGAGAUGGGGCUCCGUCUGCAGUGAGAACUGGGGUAUCAAUGAGGCUAUGGUUGUGUGCCGGCAGCUGGGCUUCGGGUUCGCCUCCACAGCACAUCAGGAGACGUGGUUCUGGUCGGGAAGCUCCGGGUCGGAGGACGUGGUUCUUAGUGGAACUCACUGCAUCGGGACUGAGAUCUCCAUUCAGCAGUGUGGGAGGAGCCAACAGGUGUACUGCCCUCGAGGGGGCGGAGCUAAAGCAGCCGGGGUCACCUGUGCAGACGUGGCUCCGGAUCUGGUGGUGGACGCUCAGCUGGUUCAGGAGUCUGCGUACCUGGAGGACCGUCCGCUGCACCUGCUCACCUGCGCUCACGAGGAACACUGCCUGUCCUCCUCCGCCUCACGCAUGAACUGGCCCUACGGUCACCGGCGGCUCCUGCGCUUCUCCUCACGCAUCAUGAACCUGGGCAGAGCCGACUUCAGACCCAGAGCCACAAAAGAGUCCUGGACCUGGCACCAGUGCCACAGGCAUUACCACAGUAUCGAGGUCUUCACACACUAUGACCUCUUGACCCUGAACGGCACGAAGGUCGCUGAGGGUCACAAGGCCAGUUUCUGUUUGGAGGACACGUACUGCCCUGAAGGCCUGACGAAACGCUACGCCUGCUACAACAUGGGCGAUCAGGGCAUCACUGUGGGAUGCUGGGAUACGUACCGCCACGACAUCGACUGCCAGUGGGUGGACAUCACCGACGUCACACCGGGAGACUACAUCUUCCAGGUGGAGGUGAACCCGUCUCUGGAUAUGGCCGAGUCCGACUUCCAGAAUAACGUGAUGCGCUGCCGGUGCCGCUACGACGGCGGGCGAGUGUACCUGUACGGCUGCCACGCGGGUGACGCCUACAGUGCCGAGGUAGAGGACCUGUUUGAACACCAGCGCCAGAUCUCUAACAACUUCCUCUGAUGAAGCCUGGGAGCGACAGGACUCGGGGUGGGCGGAGUCUGUGUGGUGGGCGGGGUCCCUGGGGU